GAGCCCCAUUCCCACAGCGCGCGCCGCAGCAGGGAGGUGUGCCUCGCGCUACAGUACAGGUGUCGUGAUGCCUCAGAACGGUGUGAGCUAUGAGGGAAGAAGAAGAGGACCGCGUCACAGCACCUGUAGAGCCAACCAUCAGGUCCCAGGCACGGGUUUGGUUAAUGGAGCCGUCGCUCACAGUGGCUGGCCAGCUGCUGCCACUGAGAUCACACCUGCCGGCAAGGUGAAUGGUGCCAAACCGCCGUGCGUGGUUAAUGGUGAUGUUUACCAUUGGUACAAGGACAAGAGCACAAAGGCGGCGCACCCAAGGACACUCAGGAACCAGAGAGGCACCGCUUCAGCUGUAUCUGACGCCUCGGCAGCUGGCGGGGGCCGCAGUGUCCGCACUCCCGGUGGUAUCUGGGUGAAGGGGGCCACCAGUCCAGACGCUGCUGCCUCGAUCUGUAGUUCUGAGCAAACAGAACCACAAAUCAGCCUGUCAGCAACGGCCAAGAACCAGAGGAGAAGGGAGAAAUUUAGACUUAAGAAGAGAAACUCAGCGGUCGACUUUCUGCAGAAGCCUUCACUCCCACUGAUGCCCCCGCGAGAGGAGGAGGACUGGGAAAAGGAGAUCCAGGAGGUCACACUGACUGACUGGGAGAAGAACUGUUUCGGCAUCGAACCCUACGGUCCACAAGAUGUCAUCCAUUUUUCUUUGCGGGAUUUGACGCUUAAGCAACGGGACACAGUCGACCUGCCAGUGACGGCCAGUUACAGCCCAGCCGUGCACCACCCGCUCCCCGUCCGAUGGCGCUGCUGCAGCAUCCCCACCGAGCCAGACCAGUUCGCGGACGCUGACCAGUAAGCCAGACGUAUGCUGUAGUGUUAGAGGAUCGGUAGAAAUCAGUGUUCACGUGUCAAAAAGCAGCUGAGGAGUUCUGUCGUGAAUCUAGUACGCCCGCAUUGGCGUUGUGCAGAUUUGUGAAUCCUCAUUAAAAUAUUUAGUUUGGUUAUUUUUACCUCAUCUAAAACAUUAGUGGACAAAAAUUAAAUUCUCUCUUAGGUUAGAGUCCAUGCAAAGUUUCAAAAUCAAAUAAUGAUGCUGCUAUCUUAGGUUUUGUAGGGCGGAGCUUAGGUUGCGUUCAGGUUUUUUUAUUUUUUAUGUAGCUUAAAUUUAAUAUUUUAUAUUCAGAUUUUAUAUUGCAACAUAUUAAUUUGUUAGUCUUUUGUGAUCUUAAGGAGUGAUUUUAGAUACACUGCCAUACUUUGCUGUUGUACCGCUUCAGUGACUGAGAAAGGUGGUGCGUUUACUGUUCUUUCCAUGUCUACAUCAUUUUUUGCUAGUAUUCCAAGAACUAAAGUAAUAGUUUUUUUAUGUACAUGUAUUUCCUGUGUUUUAAAAUGCCUGAAGUAGGAACACUGUUUUCAUAGUUUGUUAUCAAUUCCAUUGUUUAUUAAAUUUGAACGUUCACAAUAAGUACAUGAAGCAACAAUUUUCAUUUAGGGACGAACAACUUGACCAGGAAAUUAUGAUUUGAUGAUGUUAACAACAGCACAUCGUCAUCUGCCCUUUCAGACUUUCGUUUUUCACA